CAUUCAAAGUCCAACAUGAUCUUGUUGCGGAGGCUAGCCGAUACUAAUAAAAUAAAUUUGAGACAGUUCAAGGCAGUUAUUACGAACAGUGACAUCCAUACUAACAGUGUUUUACAGAAGACUAAUAAAGAAGAUUUUUUGAAGGUAGACAUUCAAGGAAAUGAGUUGAGAUUUCCGAAUGUUUGGCUCCGGGACAAUUGCCGAUGUGAACAGUGCUUCCAUCUAUCGGCGAAAAGCCGGAUCCUGGAAUUGAAUAAAUUUAACGUAAAUGUCAAGGUUAAAGACGUUAUCCGGGAAGAAACAUCUAUUCAAGUGAUCUGGGAUGACGAACAUUUGUCUCGAUACAGUCUAAACUGGUUGAAGUUGCGAAGUUUUACUCCCCAAGAGCAGUUGAAAUACACCAAUGAACUGUACCGGCCAGUGAAAACCCCGUGGCACGGCAAUGACUUCCACAAAGUUUGCACAAGGCACGAUUACAAAGAAAUAUUAGAUUCAGACGCCGCGCUUUAUAGAUGGUUGCUCGAUUUGUCGACUUACGGAGUGGCGCUGGUGCAAAAUGCACCACAAUCUGAAGCCGCUUUGGACAAAAUCGUGGAAAGAAUUGGCUUCACCAAAAGGACUCACUAUGGCGUAAAGUUUGUUGUGGAAAACGUUGCCAACACUAGCAACGUCGCCUAUUUGUCCAGCAAUUUGCAGAUGCAUGUAGAUCUGCCAUACUACGAAUACUGUCCAGGAGUAAAUAUGCUGCACUGCUUAGUGCAAACUCUAGGCGAGGGGGGCGAGAAUCUACUAUCAGAUGGUCACUUUGCUGCGAGUUAUAUGAAGGAGCAUCAUCCAGCAGAAUACAAACUACUGAUAGACACCGAGGUAGAGUGGAGUGACGUGGGUGUCGAACAUGGUAACGAAUUCUUUAAACUCUACAGAUCGCCUGUAAUAUCAUUGGACAGACACGGCCAAAUAAAAAGGAUUAACUUCUCGGUACCGCAAAGAGGCAGCCACUUUCCUUGCCCGAUCGAAAUAGUUAAGCCAUGGUAUGAGGCACAUAAUCUUUUUUAUGAGCUAAAUAAGAAAUUUGCUGCCAAAUUUAAGACCAAGGUGGGUGAUAUUCUGGUAUUUGAUAAUAUCAGACUGUUGCAUGGUAGAAAUGCUUAUGAAGACAAAUCUGAUAAUGUGAGGAAACUGAUUGGUGCAUAUUUGGAUUGGGAUGAAAUCUAUUCCAGAUUUCGGUGCUUGAAAGCAAAACUAUACCCUAUUGAAGGUAUUUAAGAAAAGUAACCGUGAAAUCAUACCACAUAGGUACUAUUCAGUCACUUAAUGGUGCAAGCCAACUUAAUCAAAUUCGGGUAAAAUGAGAUCCUCUGAGAGUUUCUUUAAUCGCUUACUCUAACACGCUGGAGUUAACAAAGUACCUACAGUAAAUUAGAUUCAUCAAACCAGAUAAUAUGGUUGGAAAUAGUUAGGAUGAUAAGAUGAUGAUUGACUCCUGGAAUAUGUUCAGUGUUCACUAUGAAAACUGCUCUAAUAUAGUGAAGGUGGAUUUACAUUAAUUGUCUGAUGUGCCAUGACGUGACGCAUCAGAACAGAAUCGGUAUCAUACAUUUUGUAUGGCAACGUUUAAACUUGUGUUGUGUACAAUUGGCGUCGCAUACAAAAUGUAUGAAACCGAUUCUGUUCUGAUGCAUCACAACAUGACACGUCAGACAAAUAUAAAUCCGGCUCAAGAUCCCACCAAUACCCGUGCGCAUUAACAUGUCACCUGGCUACCAGCCACAUCCAUACAAACACAGGACAAACAUUAUUUGAGCCAGGUAUCAAGUUAAUCCGAGCCAUACUAAAUUUGAUGGGAUAGGGAAAACAAAAAGAAGUGAAAGUGACUUUCGACAUGUCAAAAAAGAACUUUUUUGCCUACCCCUGUGUCACGUUCUAGGACCUGGUUGGAGUAGUCUUCCUCUCUCACUGUCCCACACAAUGAAUGGGUUGUAUUCUCAUAAAAAUAUUGUAUUCUUUA